AUGGCGGCAGCGGCGUCAAUGGCAGAAUCGACCGCGCCCGCGACCAGCGGGCUUCGCACCCGGCUGGCCUCGGUGCUGCCCAAGGGGCGGCGCUUCCGCUUCCACCACGUUUCGACCCCGCCGUACAAGACGGACGCGCUCUACUCGGCGCCGCCCAACGAGCGCCCCGACCGGACCUUUUGCGAGAAUCACUUCCUCGCUGUGUCUGUCGAUGUGCCCGCCCCAGCUUCCGACGGCGGAAUCGAGUCCUCGUCGCGGCAGAGGGAGGUCAUCGUCCUCGGCAUCGAGGUCUUUGUGUACACGACGGCGCACGCGACGACGCUCUUCGUCUCCAAGGCCGACUCGACCGGAUUCCUCGACCUCCUCGACCUUCCCCGAGGCACGCCCAGCCCGAUCCGACACAUAUGCGCUGCCUUCGUUGGCUACCUCGUCGAGGUGCGGCGGCGCAAGGACGUGCAGUUUGUCGUCAGUCUGUUUGCCCGCGCGCAGAGCCAGUACCUCUUCCCCGGCAGCGUCGACUACGGCGGCAAACACGUCCUCGACGACCGCGGGCUGGUCAAGUGGUGGUGCCGUGUUCUCGACCCGCUGGCCGCGUCGCCUCCGGUCGCCGCCGGUGCCGCACCCUGGAAGAGCGUCAAAGGCUACAUUGUGGUCCCCGGGCUAGACGAUUACGAGACUCGGGCAUUCAUCCCGCGGACGUCCGCCGGGACUGUCUCGCCGCAUUGGACGAUCGGACACCCGCUCGAGCGCAUAUCGCAUUACACGCGCGAGUUUGACUGGGUCCCGCCGCGGUGCCUCAUCCCUCGCUUCCCCGACGACCCCAAGUCGCGCUUCCGCGACGAGCUCGACGAGGAGGCGGCGCGGUCGGGCGCCAUGCAGACGACGGGCAGCUGGAGGAGCGUCAAGACGCUGGACAUGUUCUGGGAGAUGAUGGCGUUUCGGCAGGAGUGCUCGAGUGGGAGGAUGACGGGCUUCAUUUGGCUCGUGUUUGACAAUGACGACGCCACGGCGCCGGCAGCGCAGGCGAGUGCGCAGACUGCUGCGCCGACGACGGUGACACCCGAGACGCCAAAGAAGAAUAGGACUCUGUCUAAUGUCGCCCCCAAGACAACGCCCAAGAAGCUGUUUCCAGCGAAGUCCGAUGCCUCGGUGGGUGCCUCGGGCCAGGAGUCAAGCGUCGCCCGCGGAAACACCAAAGACAAGUCGGGGAAGAAGAGGAAAGGAGGCAAGAAGAGCCAAAAGCUGCGUGGCAUCGUCAAGCCCCGUCAGGCACGCGUCAAGACAGAGCAACGAAACUACCUCCUCGACCGGCCGACCUCGAGCAAGUACUAUCACUGGCCAGUGCAGGGCCGCGGCGAGCGCAUCGUUUCCGAAGGGGACUACAAGCGCGUCCUGGAGCUGCUCCUACACCUGGACUUUUCGAAGCUGGACAAGGCCGCCGGCAGCUCGAGACGAUGGCUCGCCGAGGCGGGCAGCACAUCCGGUUGGCGCUGGGGCUUCGAGGUCACGGGCGAGAUGGAGACUGCUGCUGCCGCUGCUGGUGGCGCUGGUGCCGGGCCGACACAGAACGGCGGUACGGCUUCGACAAGGGAGGCGCCUGCGGUGAAUAACCUCUCUGGGCUUGUUAAGCGCAAGCGGGCUGAUACCACCGAGGGCCAGCAGCCUCAGGCCGAACCCGGGGUAAAUGUUUUGAGCGCGGGCCUGGUGAAGAAGAAGUCCAAGCAUGACGCCUGA